AUGGUGCGGCGCGAUGCUGGGAACAUGGUGCGGCACGAUGCUGGGAACAUUUUCCUGCACGAUGCUGGAAACAUGGUGAGACGCGAUGCUGGGAAAAUGGUGCGGUGCGAUGCUGGGAACAUGGUGCGUCACUAUGCUAGGAAUAUUGUGAAGCGCGAUGCUGGGAACUUGGUGCAACGCGAUGCUGGGAACAUGGUGCGGCGCAAUGCUGGGAACAUGGUGCGGCGCGAUGCUAGGAACAUGGUGCGGCGUGAUGCUGGGAGCAUUGUGCGGUGCGAUGCUGGGAAUAUGACGCGGCGCGAUGCUGGAAACAUGGUGCAGCGCGAUGCUGGGAACAUGGUGCGGCGCGAUGCUGGGUACACGGUGUGUAACGCUGCUGGGAACAUGGUGCGGCGUGAUGCUGUGAACAUGGGACGGCGCGAUGCUGGGAACAUGGUGCGGCGUGAUGCUGGGAACAUUGUGCGGUGCGAUGCUGGGAAAAUAGUGCGGCGCAAUGCUGGGAACAUUGUGCGGCGCGAUGCUGGGAACAUGGUGCGGCGCGAUGCUGGGAACAUGCUGGCCGAGCAAGCGAAGCUGCGCGCCUCGUGCGAGCAGCUGGUCGCCACGCCGUGUCUGCGAGCUUGCAGCUGUGGAGCGCGGGGUCCAGUCUCCCGCCCUUAG